AUGUCUAAUCAGCCCGCAGGCAGUACAUUCCAGUCACGCGGACGCAGUCGCAGUCGCAGUCGCAGUCGCCUAUGCAGGACCAGUCCUUUGACCCAGUCAUACGUACCGAGCUCAGACGAAUCUGACCCUGAAUCCGCCAGCGGCUCUGAUAUUUCUGCGCAGCCACCUUCACCCGAGACUCUUCAGUACUGGCGGAAGGUAGCAAGAAUCGAAGAUGUCAGCGAACUUAAUAUAGAUCUGUUGUCGCUUUCGUCGACACCACGAAACAAACCGCAACGGCCACUGCCGCCGACUCCCAUACCACCGGUUGCCCUAAUCAAGCACUCGCCGUCACUGGAGGUCGCGCCGCUGCGAAUAAAUAAAAAGCCCGUCAAGUCGGCCAAACCAAUAUUAUCUGUACAGACCGCACCCAUGGUGUCGCCGCGGCCGGUGCGUCUACUCAUCGCCUCGAUUGGGAAUCCUAAGCCGUAUCAUUCGACGCGACACUCGGCUGGUCACCACCUCCUGCAGGCGCUGCAAUCCACACUCCACUUCCCACCGCUUUCGAAAACGAUGACGGGUCUCGUGAGCUCCGGCGCCGAUGUGGGCAUACCCCAGUUUACUCUUUGGCAGAGCACUAGUCUCAUGAAUGUUUCGGGCAAGAAUCUUCUCCAGGCAUGGAAGGCAUUUACCUCGUCCCAGGAACCCAGUGCCGUCACUGGCGUCGUUGUACUUCAUGACGAACUGGAGUCUUCGCCUGGUGUGUUGAAAGUGCGCAAGGGAGAUGGCAGCGCCAAGGGUCAUAAUGGCAUCAAGUCGAUUCAGGACUCGUUCAGAAGUGCGGGCGUCCUCAGUCAGCUUGGCAGCCAGAGAUACGUCCGUAUCGGCAUCGGCAUCGGCAGGCCCAGUAGUCGAGACCAAAGCGACGUGAGCGCAUACGUGCUCGGGCAGUUGACGGCAACCGAGAAGAAGAGGAUCGAGGACAAGGCCGAGGAAUUGUUGCGCAUUUUAGACCGAGAGGUGGCGGUGCUGGAGAAUUCGUGA